CGAUGACCCUUCGUUAUGAACAAAACACCAUCAAUUCAACCAACUCAUCCAAUCCUCUCGCCUUCCCCCAAACCAACAGUUUCCCAGCUAACAACCUCACCCCAAACUCAACCCCAACAAUGUCCAAACUUCUCGUAGUCCUCGGCGCAACAGGCCACCAAGGCACCUCCCUAAUCAACCACGUCUUCGCCGACCCAACCCUCUCCUCCAUCUACAAAAUCCGCGCCAUCACCCGCGACACCACGUCGGCCAAAUCCGUCGCGCUGGCCUCCAAAGUCCAAGUCGUCCAAGCAGACAUCACAUCCCGCGACUCCAUCACCGCGGCCCUCAAGGACGCCCACACAAUCUUCUACACCACCUUCCCGUCCUGGGAAGCCGACAAAGACCGCGACCACCAGUACACGUCGGGCACCAUGGUCGCCGACGUCGCCGUCGCCCAGGGCGCGCAGUACAUCAUCUACUCGACGCUCCCCGCCAUCAAGACCAUCUCUCAAGGUAAAUAUACAAAAGUCACCGUCUUCGACGUCAAAGCGGAGAUUGAAGACUAUAUCCGCACCUUACCCAUCAAGAGCGCGUUCGUGUCGCUGGGCUCGUUCAUGGAGAACUACGAAGAGCAGUUCUUUCUCAAACCGCAGAAAAACGAUGCUGGGGAGUACAUCUUGAAGCGAAACCACAGUUUGGAUACUUUGUGGCCCCUCCUCGACGCUACAUCUGAUACCGGGAAAUUCGUCGGCGCCAUCCUCGCGGCCCCUGCUGAAUUCGAGGGAAAGAGGUUGCAUUGCGCGGCGAAGAUUUACACGUACGCUGAGGUCAUUGCGUUGUUGGAGAAGAGCUCUGGGAAGAAGAUUGUGUUCCAGCAGGUUUCCAGCGAGGAGUUUGCAAAGGGGAUUCCUGUUUUGCAAGAGGUUUUUGUCGAGGCGUCGAAGUGGGGGGAGGAGUUUGGGUAUUUUGGGCCUGGGCAAGAGGAGCUGGUGAAUGAGGCUGUCAAGGUGGUGAGGGGGAAGUUGACUACUUUUGAGGAGUUUUUGGAGAGGCAGCCGUUUACGCUUGAGUGA